UUAACACCAGGGCCCGCCUCCAAGCUUCUAUUCUCAGGGGUUAUUUAAAGAGCUGCUCCCUCUCAGCUGUGUCCCUGUGGAAGCAUCUGUCUUGUGAUACAGCUUGACCAGCCCAUUACAAACUAACCAUGUGUGACGAAGACGAGACCACAGCUCUUGUGUGUGACAACGGCUCUGGACUGGUCAAGGCAGGGUUCGCCGGAGAUGAUGCUCCACGUGCUGUCUUCCCCUCCAUUGUGGGCCGACCCCGUCACCAGGGAGUGAUGGUGGGUAUGGGUCAGAAGGACAGCUAUGUAGGAGAUGAAGCCCAGAGCAAGAGGGGUAUCCUCCUCACGCUGGAAGACUCCGGUGCAUGUACCAACUCGUGGCCGGAGCACAAAAAAAUCUGGCACCAUACCUUCUACAAUGAGCUCCGUGUGGCCCCAGAGGAGCACCCCACCCUGCUCACAGAGGCCCCCCUCAACCCCAAGGCCAACAGAGAGAAGAUGACCCAGAUCAUGUUUGAGACCUUCAAUGUCCCCGCCAUGUAUGUUGCCAUCCAGGCUGUGCUGUCCCUGUACGCCUCUGGCCGUACCACUGGUAUCGUGCUGGACUCUGGAGAUGGUGUGACCCACAACGUCCCCAUCUAUGAAGGUUAUGCCCUGCCCCACGCCAUCAUGCGUCUGGAUCUUGCCGGCAGAGACCUGACUGACUACCUGAUGAAAAUCCUGACUGAGAGAGGAUACUCAUUUGUCACCACUGCUGAGCGUGAGAUUGUGCGUGACAUCAAGGAGAAGCUGUGCUAUGUGGCUCUGGACUUUGAGAAUGAGAUGGCAACUGCGGCCUCCUCCUCCUCUCUGGAGAAGAGCUAUGAACUUCCUGAUGGCCAGGUCAUCACCAUCGGCAACGAGCGCUUCCGCUGCCCUGAGACCCUCUUCCAGCCUUCCUUCAUUGGUAUGGAAUCUGCUGGUAUUCAUGAGACUGCCUACAAUUCAAUCAUGAAGUGCGACAUUGAUAUCCGUAAGGACCUGUACGCCAACAAUGUGCUGUCUGGUGGUACCACCAUGUACCCUGGUAUUGCUGACCGCAUGCAGAAGGAGAUCACUGCCCUGGCUCCCAGCACCAUGAAGAUUAAGAUCAUUGCUCCCCCUGAGCGUAAGUACUCUGUCUGGAUCGGUGGCUCCAUCCUGGCCUCUCUGUCCACCUUCCAGCAGAUGUGGAUCAGCAAGCAGGAAUAUGAUGAGGCAGGCCCCUCCAUCGUCCACAGGAAGUGCUUCUAAACCACUGCUCCAUUUCCACCAACCCAUCCUGUUACUGUAUAUACAUGUACUGUUGUAAUAAAAUGCUUUUUAAGGUA